UUGUCAGGGAAGAGAGUUCCAUUGUAUAACUUGUCUUUGCCAGGGAAGAGAGUUCCAUUGUAUAACUUGUCUUUGCCAGGGAAGAGAGUUCCAUUGUAUAACUUGUCUUUGUCAAGGAAGAGAGUUCCAUUGUCAUUUUGGAAGAGAGUUCCAUUAUAUAACUUGUCUUUGCCAGGGAAGAGAGUUCCAUCGUAUAACUUGUCUUUGUCAGGGAAGAGAGUUCCAUUGUGUAACUUGUCUUUGUCAGGGAAGAGAGUUCCAUUGUGGAAGAGAGUUCCAUUGUGUAACUUGUCUUUGUCAGGGAAGAGAGUUCCAAUGUAUAACUUGUCUUUGUCAGGGAAGAGAGUUCCAUUGUAUAACUUGUCUUUGUCAGGGAAGAGAGUUCCAUUGUAUAACUUGUAUUUGUCAGGGAAGAGAGUUCCAUUGUAUAACUUGUCUUUGUCAGGGAAGAGAGUUCCAAUGUAUAACUUGUCUUUGUCAGGGAAGAGAGUUCCAUUGUAUAACUUGUCAUUGCCAGGGAAGAGAGUUCUAUUAUAUGUAUAA